AUGAAGGCGGCCAGGGCCAGGACGCCGCGGAGGCCGAGGAAAGGCACGAACCCCACGCAGAAGGACCCGGUGGGGGUGUACUGCCGUGUGCGGCCGCUCAGCCGGGCGGACCAGGAAUGCUGCAUCGAGGUCAUCAGCGGCACCACGGUGCAGCUCCACCCUCCCGAGGGCUACCGCGUGUUCCGGAAUGGCGAGUACCGCGAGACCCAGUAUUCCUUCAAGGAGGUGUUUGGCACGCUGGUGGUGCAGAAGGAGCUCUUUGACGUGGUGGCCAAACCGCUGGUGGAGGAUCUGAUCCGGGGCAAGAACGGUCUGCUGUUCACCUACGGAGUGACGGGCAGUGGGAAGACCCACACCAUGACAGGAUCCCCUGGGGAUGGGGGGCUCCUGCCCCGCUGCCUGGCCAUGAUCUUCAACAGCAUCGGCCCCUUCCAGGCCAAGAGAUUCGUUUUCAAGCUGGAUGACAAGAACGGGGUGGAUGUUCAGACUGAGGUGGAGGCUCUGCUGGAACGCCAGAGGAGAGAGGCCCUGCCCACCCCAAAAACUCCAGCUGGGAAGAGGCAGCUGGAUCCCGAGUUUGCCGACAUGAUCGACGUGCGGGAGCGGUGCCGGGCGGAGGAGGUGGACGAGGACAACGUCUACGGCGUCUUCGUGUCCUACAUCGAGAUCUACAACAACUACAUCUACGACCUGCUGGAGGAGGCUCCCUGCGACUCCAUCAAACCCAAGUGGAACAAUUGCAACACUCCUGUGAGAAAUGGAGACUUUGUACCUCCCCAGUCCAAAAUCCUUCGGGAAGACCAGAACCACAACAUGUACGUGACGGGCUGCACCGAAGUGGAGGUCAAAUCCACAGAGGAAGCUUUUGAAGUCUUUUGGAGAGGGCAGAAGAAGCGGCGCAUCGCCAACACGCAGCUGAACCGGGAAUCCAGCCGCUCCCACUCCGUGUUCAUCAUCAAACUGGCACAGGCUCCUCUGGAUGCUGAUGGGGACAACGUGCUCCAGGAAAAGGAGCAGAUCACCCUGAGCCAGCUGUCCCUGGUGGAUCUGGCAGGAAGUGAGAGAACCAACAGGACCAAAGCCGAGGGGAACAGGCUGCGGGAGGCAGGGAAUAUCAACCAGUCAUUGAUGACAUUGAGGACGUGCAUCGAGGUUCUGCGGGAAAACCAAUUGUACGGAACAAACAAGAUGGUUCCAUACAGAGAUUCCAAACUGACUCAUCUCUUCAAGAACUAUUUUGAUGGAGAAGGGAAAGUUCGGAUGAUCGUGUGUGUGAAUCCCAAGGCUGAGGACUAUGAGGAAAGCCUGCAAGUGAUGCGUUUUGCAGAGAUGACCCAGGAGGUGGAGGUGGCCAGGCCCCUGGACAGGCCCCUGUGCGGGCUGACGCCGGGCCGGCGCCUCCGGAACCAGGCGGGCGGCCCCGUGGGAGCAGAGGAGCCAUCUGCUGCUGAGCUGUUCUUCCAGAGCUUCCCUCCCCUGCCUUCCUGCGAGCUCUUGGACAUCAACGACGACCAAACGCUCCCAAAACUGAUCGAGGCCCUGGAGCAGCGCCACAAAAUGAGGCAGAUGCUGGCAGAGGAAUUUGCCAAAAACGUUCUUGCCUUUAAAACAAUGCUGCAAGAAUUUGACUCCAGUGUUGCAUCCAAGGAAAAUUAUAUCCAAGGAAAACUGGCUGAGAAGGAGAAAACCAUAACGGGGCAGAGGACGGAGCUGGAAAGGCUGGAGAAGAAAAUUAAAACCUUGGAAUACAAGAUCGAGAUUUUGGAGAAGACGGCCACGAUUUACGAGGAGGACAAGAGGAACCUGCAGCAGGAGCUGGAGAGCAAGAGCCAGAAGCUGCAGCGGCAGGCGUCGGACAAGAGGAGGCUGGAGGCCAGGCUGCAGGGAAUGGUGGCUGAGACCUCCCUCAAGUGGGAGAAGGAAUGUGAGCGGCGGGUGGCAGCCAAGCAGCUGGAGAUGCAGAACAAGCUGUGGGUGAAGGACGAGAAGCUGAAGCAGCUCAAGGCCAUCGUCACCGAGCCCAGAGCCGAGAGGCCGGAGAGGCCAUCCCGGGAAAGGGAGCGGGAAAAGGCUCUCCCGAGAUCCGUGUCUCCUUCCCCUGCCCCCAGCGCUCCGGUGGCGCCGCUGCGGCCGCGGCGUUCCCGCAGCGCCGGCGAGCGCUGGGUGGAUCACCGGCCGCCGUCCCACGUGCCCACGGAGACGCUGCUGCAGCCGCGCGUGCCCAGGGCCAUCACGGUGGAGGCGCCCAGCGAGCGCGCCCUGGCCCGGUGCGACCGCUACCUGCUGACCCACCAGGAGCUCGCCUCCGACGGGGAGAUCCAGACCAAGCUCAUCAAGGGGGACGUGUUCAAGACCAGGGGUGGGGGCCAGGCCGUGCAGUUCACGGACAUCGAGACCCUCAAACAGGAAUCUCCCACCGGGCGGAAGCGCCGCUCGUCGCCUCCCAAUCCCGACCCCGCCGGGGACGCCGUGGACUCGGAAUGGACGGAUGUGGAAACCAGGUGUUCCGUGGCCGUGGAGAUGAGGGCGGGAUCGGCGCUGGGACCGGGAUUCCAGCACCACGCCCAGCCCAAGCGCAGGAAGCCCUGAACUUUUCCUGCUGGAAUCCCGGAUUUUCCCAGCCUGAGGAAUGCUCUGCUGCCACUGCUCCUCAGGAACUGCUUUGUGCUCAUUCCGGAGGCUUUUGGGGAAGCUGGGAAAUGGUUCCGUUGGUGAUCCCAAAGAGCUUCUGGAUGGAUCUGUCCUUUUCCAUAGAUUUAGGGAAAUACAAAAGGUCCCUCUGGAAUUCCAAAUGGA